AUGUCGUCUACCUUGGGCGUGGUUCUUCAAGUUUUUGCCACACUGGCAGCGCUCGGCGUCAUCGCUUGCGGCGCCAUUCAGCUGAACGACACCGGUAACUUUGAGGUUGAGUGGUGCCGCCAUGACGAUACCAAGCACUGCUGGACGCGGAACCGCAAUGCAGAUGUGGCCAUGACCUUUUAUGCCAUCUCCAUCAUUCUCUUGGGCGUGGCCUCGUUUCUGGGCGAGAUUCGGUCGGGCAUCAUUGAUCGCCCCAUUGGACUUUUGAUCCUUGCUGGCCUCGUGACCGUGGGCUCGGCCCGCAACACGGGCAUCAUCCUGGGCAGCUAUGCCGCCUGCAUUGGUUUGCUGCAAGUCGCCAUUUAUCUUGUGCACGGCUCACUUCCCAAGGGUGGCAACGCCUCCAAGACCAAGGUGCCCGAAGGCUAUGUCAAGCUGACCAAGGCCAUUGCACUCACAACCAUGGUCGGGGUUGCUGCCGUCGGCGGCAUUGCCCUCUAUUCGGUAGCAGUCAAGGAUCGCCACGACUUGGACGGCGCUGAGCUUGAAUGGUGCGAGCAGACUGGCGAGCGGUACUGCUGGCUUCAAAGCCGGAUCAACACCUACGCCCUCGGGGCGUACGCCACCACCCUCAUUCUCCUCGGCAUUCUGGGCCUCCUUGGCUCCCUGGGCGUGUGGGACAAGGCCAAGACGUUGCGCAACACGGGUGCAUUGGGCCUCUUCCUCAUCGCCACGGGUCUUGUCACUCUUGGCGCAGCCGGGAACGCUGGUAUCGUGGUGGGCGCGGCCGCCAUUGCCGUGGGCAUUGAGCUCAUGGCCUUUGAGUACGUCUUCAAGGGCGAUUACGACCGUGUGUAA